AUGUCAAAUUUAAGAUAUGACCAGAUGCAGAUUUCGGCUCUGAGGGAAAAGUGCUGGGACUGCCACCUAGAUGUGUCUGGAGACAAGCCGACCCUGGUAGCCAGACUUGUAACGUUCGAGAUCGAGAACAUUGAGGCAGAACUUAAUCGAAGCGAGUGUACCGACGAUUAUACACCAAGAGAGAACUGCAUUGAGCUCAAAAAGAGUCUCCAGCUUGCUAUCGUAGCGAAAGCGGACCAGGUCUACAACGUCAAGAAGCAGUACCUUUUGGAUGAAGUAGAGGAGAUCAAGGCCGAGCUUGCGUCUAUCAAGGAGGAGCGAGAUGAAGAGAGGAUCCGGGGUAUGAAGCGGUACAACUGGACGGAAUCGUUGACCAAGGAGAACGGGAAGGCUGUUAUCGCGCAGCACAAGAAGUUCGGCCUUGGCCAAGAAAGAGUUGCGGAUCGAGAGGGAGGAGAGCUAGCAAGUGGUGGAAACUCAACAAUUGCAGAUACUAAGCCAAAGCGAAAGAUACCGCUUGUCGAAUCCCUCGGAAACAAAUUACGAGUUGCCAAGAAGUUCAAGUCCAAUGACAACAAUUCCGAGCCGUCUUCCGAGGACGAGGAAGAAGGCGAUGGAGGGUAUCAAUUUCUUCAAUAUCUUAGGAAGAAGGCUGCUCGUGGGUCGGUCUUCUCGGUCCAUUGGGGUCCCACUCAGUCUGCACAACCAUCCGUUCAGCGAAAGCAGUGA